GUCCAAUAGCUGUCCCGGGAGCCUCAAGGGAAGAGAAAAGUAGGCUUAGCGCAAAAAGGAUUGAGGGUGGAUGUAUUUGAUCCGUUGUUGCUACACGUGUUUGUGAAAUGAGUGGAGCGCAGCUUUGAUUGCAACGGAUUUCUUCUACUCUUUCUCACCAUGGAUUGCCAAGAAAAUGAGUACUGGGACCAGUGGGGACGCUGUGUCACUUGUCAACAGUGUGGUCCUGGACAGGAACUCUCCAAGGAUUGUGGUUAUGGAGAGGGUGGAGAUGCAUAUUGCACAGUCUGCCCUCCCCGGAGGUACAAAAACAGCUGGGGCUACCACAGAUGUCAGGCUUGCAUCACAUGUACUGUCAUCAAUCGUGUCCAGAAGGCCAACUGCACAGCUACCUCUAAUGCUAUCUGUGGGGACUGUCUGCCCAGGUUCUACCGAAAGACACGUAUUGGAGGCCUGCAAGACCAGGAGUGUAUACCAUGCACGAAACAGACCCCCACCUCUGAGGUUCAGUGUGCCUUUCAGUUGAGCUUAGUGAAAGCAGAUAAAGCAGAUGGACCCAGAUUGCUCCCGCAGGAGGCCACACUUGUUGCAUUGGUGAGCAGUCUACUGGUGGUGCUUACCCUGACCUUCCUAGUUCUCUUCUUCCUCUACUGCAAGCAGUUCUUCAGCAGACAUUGCCAGCAUGUUGCAGGAGAUUCGUUGCAGCUUGAAGCUGAUGAGGCAGCAGAAGAAUCUCUCUUCCCCAUGCCACCUGGCCAGGAGACCUGUCCUGAGUACCCAGUGAGUGAAAGCAUCUUUGAGAACCAGCCACUUAAUCCCAUCCUGGAUGACGACUGCAGCUCAACUCUUGUCUUCCCCAUACAGAAGUCCUUUACUGUGGCCUCCUGUGCCUCAGAGAGCCACUCCAAUUGGGUACACACCCCUAUUGAAUGCACAGAGCUGGACCUGCAAAAGUUUUCCAACUCUGCCUCCUAUACUGUAGCUGAUACCUUUGAGAGGAACACUGGUGAAAACUCUGGAGACAGGCUGGAGCUCAAUGUGCCCUUUCAAGUUCUCAGCCCUUAACUCUACUGAGGUGAACUGGAAAGGUGGGGCAGAAAGUCUAGAAAUUAGAAGCCAGCCUCAAGGAAUUUCGCUCCAUGUUCAGUAGGGCUGUGGUAGAGGAAUAGCAUUAAGCUAGAAAUAGUGGUAUGUUGGGGAGUAAUUAUGGUGAUAUUAAUCUUCAAGCCAGUCAGACGUCACACUUCUGAGUUAGGCUUAAGACUGCCCUCAGUUACAAUUUACUUAUACACUUACAUAUAUUACAUUUACCUGAUCUUCAUAACACUAUCCCUUUCUGGUAAACAGGUCAGGGUAUAUUUGCCUCACUGUAUGGGGAUGUGAACUGAAAUACAGAAAGGAAAAGCGAUUUACUUGUAGAUCUAGGCUAGAGUCAAGGUUUUAAGGCUCCAUUCAAGAGCCCAUCCAACUCCACCAUUGCAAAUAAUCUAUAGGUAAUGUUUUUUCUCAGUCUUAAAUAUGAGACAGGUAAGUAGGCAGAGUUCUAAUUUUCAAAUAACCAUCUACUUUUCACACUACUCAUUUCCAUAUUAUAUCAGUUAAGAUAUUGCCGGCUGUACCUUAACUUCCCCUUAUGUCCUACCUAAAAAGAUAUGACAUGCAUUACACAUUUGAAAGCCAUGACUGAUACUAAUCUAGUCAUCCUUCAAGUCUUCAAGGUAAUCUAGUCCAAUCCUUCCUAUAAAGUCUGCAAUCCGUAGUUAGGCAUAUUUUUAUAAAACAUUUGUUUUGUUUCUUUGUUUUUUUGGUGCCAGGGAUUGAACUUGGUUCCUUGUGCUUGCAAUGCAGGAAGCAGAAACACUAAGAUAAAUCCCAGGCUUAUAGAACAUUUGUAAUAUCUCUUAUCCAAAAUUGUUGGUACCAGAAGUGUUUCACAAUAUGGAUUUUUUGGUAUUUUGGAAGAUUUGAUAAGAUAGAUAGAUAGAUAGAUAGA